UGCCAGGGAAGAAGGAAAAAUCUCAAGAAAACUCAUUGAGUGCCUCAAUAUGUAUCUGUUAAAGGAUGGACCUAAUUUGGGUUGUAAAUCCCUUGAAAUUCAUGAAGCUGUACAACAAUAUGUGUUCCGCUGCUGGUUUGCGACUCAUGAUCGGAGUCUUAAGGAUGUACUUGUUUGCUAUGGGAAGCUGCAAAUAAGUUUAACUAGGGGAGUGGUUGAUGGGGCUGCUUUACUUGAACAACUUCUUGAUAUUGUUAGCAGGGAGCUGGACCAAAUGAGCACUUCUGGAGCCAGUAUCACCAGGAGUGAUACAACUAAGGAUGAAAAAUGUGGACUCCUAACAAACUCACAGCACAACCUGGUGGAGCUUGCUGCCCUUGUCUUUUGCCGGGCUUGCACUCAUGCAUCAAAAACAUCAAAUGCUGAAAAACGAGGCAGGAGGGAGCAUGUCGUGGUCCAGAUAAAAGAGAGGCUCGUUGAGGGGAAAUGGUCAUGGCAUGCUGCAUUCUGUUGUCUUAUUUACAAAUAUUCAGCUCGUGUAAAGAGAAGUCUUUUCACUUAUUGGUUUGGAAGCAUAUCUGCGAACUUUGAGAGAAUUAUUAACAAUGUUAGUUUUGAGCAUUCACAUGACGGUCUUUUAUGGACUUUGAGGAGCUUGCUAAAACUUUCCUCCUUGCUACAUUUCGCUGCUCCAAACAUGGAAUAUUCACCAAAGGCUUCUUGUCCUGCCAAGAAUGAGGUUGAGAAAGACUGGAAUGUGAUAUGGAGUUCUCUCAUUCGGAGUUUGCCUGCAUUUGUAAAUGUCGUCUUAAUUGUUGAUGCUGCUUUGAUGCUCCUUUGCAACAUUAUGUUGAGUGAUACAAAAGAUUCAUAUAUUGUUACUCCGGAGAUAUGGGACCUUCGUUUCUUUAAACGCUCACCUUCCUUGUCUGUUUUAUUAUUCAUCUCAUGCUACUUCUCCAGCAAAGGUAUUCAA